AUGGCUGCAUCAAAUUUAACUAUUUAUAAUUUAUCGAAAGAUAGAAAUUCAGCAAAGGUUAUUUAUUCCAAACCACCUGAUUAUGCAGUUCUUUAUCCUAAACCACCUGAUUACACAGUUCAAUCUACAGAACCAGUCAAUUGUUCAACUACUCAUACUCAAAUUCAUCAACCUCAAUCGACGUACAAUAUAAAUUCUUCAUCAUCCUCUAACAACCUCAAUCAAAAUAUAAUUCAGUCAACAAAUGAAAUUAGCAGUUACAAAACUUGGUCUAUUAUAAAUAUUUUCUGUUGUUGCAAUAUAUGUUUUGGUUGCCUCGCUUUAUAUUAUUCAAUUGAGACAAAAUAUUUAAAAAAAGAAGGUCUUAUGCAAGAUGCAUUAAAAACUUCAAUGGUAGCUCGUAAUAUCAAUAUAGUUGCUACAAUGACGGGUGAAGCUGCUCUUGCUAAUUAUAAAUUCGCUCAACAAACAUCUCAUUCUACACUUCCAAUUACUAUUGCAUUUUCUAUUGGAGUUUAUGCAGCAUUAAUGAUUGCCGGGCCUAUUUCAGGUGCACAUAUAAAUCCAGCAGUUACUAUAUCGUUAAUGACGAUUGGAUUAGUGAAACCAUUACAAUGUAUGUUCUAUAUAAUUGGUCAAAUAUUGGGUGCAUUUUUAGGAGCGGCUUUAGUUUAUCUUGUUUAUCUAAAUCAAUUUAAUAAAUUUGAUGGUGGUAUAAGACAAAUGACAGGUCCUAAUGGUACAGCUGAUAUAUUUUUUACAAUGCCUUCUGAUGGUGUACCUCAUUGGAAUACAUUUCUUGAUCAACUUAUAAUUGCUGCUAUUUUAAUGAUUUUUAUAAUGGCACUUACACGAGAUUUUAAUCAUAUGACAUCAGAAGUAACAAAACCAUUUGCAUUUGUAUUAAUCAUAAUAGGAAUAACCUGUGCAUUUUCAAUCAAUGCUGGAGCUGCACUAAAUCCUGCUCGUGAUUUUGGUCCACGUCUUUUCGGAUCAUUUAUAUAUGGUCGAAGUGAUGUAUUUAGUAUAGAUAAUUAUUUCUUUUUUAUACCAAUCAGUGGUCCAAUCCUUGGAGCUAUUGCUGGUGUAUGGAUUCAUCAAGGUUUUACUUAUAUUGUUAAAAACUAUGGAGAUCCUCGUAUUACCGAUCGUGUAGAUUUAGCAGCAAUACGACAGAAACUCUAA